AUGGCACACAGCGGAGUCAUUUUCUUAACUCCUCUAAGAGGCAUUUUCAACUAUAAAGGUUAUAUUCAGUUGAGUAUCUUCUCUUUCAACGAGAGUCCUAAAGGUGGAGGAGGGAUUCAGAUUCUGGACUCCUGUGUUGCAGAUGUCCACGGUGACUUCCCUGAGCAUCAGCUGCUGGAGGAACAGCCAGCAAAGACGUACAACUCUGGAAUAUGUGUGUCAAUCCUGAUCUUUAAUACUUCUCGGCAGUGCUUUGUUGUGGUGAAGCAGUUCCGCCCAGCUGUUUACAUGUGUGAGCUGGAAAGGCAUCAUCCUCAAGUCUUUCAGAAUCAGGACAAGGAGACCUUCACUCGCCUAGAGGAUCCCUUGCCUGCUGUGGUAGGAGUGACCUAUGAACUAUGCGCUGGCAUCGUAGACAAACCAGACCUUUCUUUAGAAGAAAUUGCGUGUGAGGAAGUCUUAGAAGAGUGUGGCUAUCGUGUUCCUGUCACAGACCUAAGGAGGAUCACUUCUUACAGGUCUGGAGUUGGUGUGACAGGUUCUACACAAACGUUAUUUUACACAGAAGUAACAGACCAGAUGAGAACCAGCGAAGGAGGUGGCCACCCUGCAGAAGGAGAGCUGAUUGAAGUUGUAGAAAUACCAUUAGAAGACUCCAUGAAGUUUGCUUAUGAUGAGACUCUCCCGAAGACGAUGGGUGUCAUCUUCAGCUUCAUGUGGUUCCAAAACAACAUUGCACCCAAGCUACCAAAAAAAUGA